UUGGGCAGCGCAGAGUAUCCAGGACGCCCCCAGGUGGGCACUAUUGAAUUAUCACUUCCAUGUCAUCAGCUGCAGGAUGUGGUUCUUUUCUAGGGACCCAGUAAAGGAUUUUCAGUAUGAAAUUGGAACGGAAUGUGAGGGGACAGCGGGGAUAUGGAGUCUGCACCGGGGUAAAAGGAAGAGUACAGGAGAGCCAGUAUCAAUUUUUGUGUAUGAAGUAAAACCCAACUCAGAAGAACAAACACAAGUUGCGAAAUCUGCUUUCAAACGCCUGAAAACUCUUCGUCAUCCAAAUAUUCUUUCGUACAUCGAUGGCCUGGAGACUGAUAAAAGCUUGUAUAUAGUAACAGAGCCAGUGACACCACUUAGCAUAUACCUGAAAAGUAAGACAGACUCAGGAGGAUUAAAUGACUUGGAGAUCUCUUGGGGCCUCUAUCAGACUGUGAAAGCCCUAAGUUUUUUGGUGAAUGACUGUAACCUGAUCCAUAACAAUGUCUGCAUGGCAGCAGUUUUCGUGGACCGGGCUGGAGAGUGGAAGCUGGGAGGUCUGGAUUACAUGUAUGCAGCUCAGGGUGACAUAACAGUGCCUCAAAAAGGAAUUCCUGAGUUAGAAAAGUAUGAUCCACCCGAGAAAACUGAGAAUAACAAAGCUGUUGGAGAGAAGUGGUCAGCUGAUAUGUGGAGACUGGGUUGUCUUAUCUGGGAGGUUUUCAAUGGAUCUCUGCCUCGUCCUUCUGCACUGCGAUCUCUUGGAAAGAUUCCUAAGUCUCUGGUUCCUCAUUAUUGUGAACUGGUUGGUGCCAAUCCUAAAGUUCGACCGAACCCAUCAAAAUUUCUGCAGAAUUGCUGUAGUCCAAAUGGUUUCAUGAACAAUAGUUUUGUAGAAACAAAUCUCUUUCUGGAAGAAAUUCAGAUUAAAGAGCCAAGUGAACGCCAGGCAUUCUUUCAGCAGCUGAAUGAAAACUUGGAUUCAUAUCCAGAAGAAUUUUGCAAGCACAAAAUCCUUCCUCAGCUAUUAACAGCUUUUGAGUUUGGUAAUGCAGGAGCUAUUAUCCUUACCCCUCUUUUUAAGGUGGGCAAGUACCUUAGUGCAGAGGAGUAUCAACAGAAGAUUAUCCCUAUUAUUGUAAAAAUGUUCUCCUCACCCGACAGAGCUAUGAGGAUACGAUUACUUCAGCAGAUGGAGCAGUUUAUUCAGUACCUAAAUGAGCCAACAGUGAAUUCCCAGAUUUUUCCACAUGUUGUUCACGGUUUCAUGGAUACAAAUCCAGCUAUCAGGGAGCAAACUGUGAAGUCCAUGUUAUUGCUCGCUCCCAAAUUGAAUGAAAACAACCUGAAUGCAGAGUUGAUGAAACAUUUUGCACGUCUCCAAGCAAAGGAUGAUCAAGGUCCAAUUCGCUGCAAUACUACAGUGUGCCUAGGGAAAAUUGGUCCCUAUCUCAAUGCUAGUACUCGUCAUAGGGUUUUAAUUUCAGCCUUCUGCCGUGCUACAAAGGAUCCAUUUGCACCUUCCAGAGCAGCAGGUGUGCUGGGCUUUGCCGCUACUCAUAACUUCUUCUCAAUGAAUGACUGUGCUUUUAAAAUCUUGCCAGUCUUGUGUACUCUCACCAUUGACCCUGACAAGAAUGUCCGUGAUCAGGCAUUUAAAACAAUUCGAAGUUUCAUUGGGAAGCUCGAGACUGUAUCUGAAGAUCCAGCUAAACUUUCUGAAAUUGAGAAAGAUGUUCAUGCAGCAUCUACAAGUCCAGGGGCUACUGCAGCAGCUGCAAGUUGGGCUGGAUGGGCAGUGACAGGAGUUUCCUCUCUUACAUCCAAACUUAUCCGACCGAACCCCGCAGCAAGUGGAGAACUGCAGCCAUCAGGAUCAGAUGCACAAAGGCCAACAGCAGGAACUGUAGCAGAAGCACCAGCUACUAAUACAAGUAAAGCUGCAUCCCCACCACAGCCGUCUACUGUUUCUACAGAAGAGGUAACUGAAGAAGACAGCAUGGCUGACAGAUGGGAUGAUGAGGACUGGGGCAGUCUGGAGGAGUCUGAUCCGUCAAAGGACCAAGUAGAAUUAGAUGACUGGAAUACAUCUGACUGGUCGUCAUCUGUACCGUCAAAGAGAAGUGAAGGAGCAGUGCCCAUUUCAUCUUCUAUGUCCAAGAAGGAGAGUUCAAGCUGGGAAGCAUUUGAUGACUGGUCUAGUCAGAAGGAAGACAGCCAUAAAGGUCAAACUUCUGCUACAGAUGACACAUGGGACAAUUGGGGUAAUGAUGAUUUUGGGUCCAACCGGUCACAUAAAUCAAAAGCUUCUAAAUCACAGCAUGUUGCUGCAAUUCCUGAAGGGACAAAGCUGGCAAGUGAAUAUGACUGGGACAAAACUACUAAAAGCAAGCAGCAAGAAGAUUUCUUGUCAGCAGUUUCUCCGAAGACAUCAGGAAGUCAGAAUGAAAAUUCAUGGAACAGAGAUUCAACUGGAGACUGGGGAACAGAUGAAAACUGGGAAUCUGUAGAUGCUGAUCAAGGGUUUAGUAAAGCAGAACUUGCCAAAAAGAAACGUGAGGAAAGAAAACGAGAAAUAGAAGCAAAAUGGGCUGAGAAAAAAGCAGCCAAAGGACCACUGAAACUUGGUGCAAGAAAUUGGAGUAGUCUGCUCUUUCAGAAUUCAGGUGGCAUUUGCAUCAAUACGACUGAUAACCUAGGAGUGAAGGAAGUGCUUCAGUACACCUGCACAUUCCAGAGCUUUGCCUAGAAUGCACAGAUACUUGUCAUGAACAUGAAGGAUGUUUUUAGAUAUGUUGACACACCUGGACAGGGUGAAUAACUGAUAGCGCUUCCUGCUGUGAUUCCACUGUACUGUCAUGCUGCAGCAAACUGCAGAGUUUCCAGUUCUGCACAUAUGACUGGGUUUUGGUUUCUCAUUUCUCUCUCCUGGUGUAAAGAUUUAGUUGAUAAAGCCUUUUUUAUUCAAGAUACAGCUGCAACAUUGACACACUUCAUCUCCAUUUUAGAUUAAUGUGAUGUCCUCUGCAACCCAGAUGCUACUUCUUUAACUUAAUGUGUAUUCACAGAAAGUGAUGCAAGCUGUUACAGUUUGUACAAGACACUAUAGUCCUUGGCUGCUUGUGUAUUUUCACCGAGACAGUUCUGUACCUGGAGGAUUGACAGCCAUUCCUUUGCACCUUUUGUUCUUCAGUCUGUUUUGCAACUUCUACAGCUGUAGAAAAAUGUUAUGACUUCAUAUCCUUCCAGUUUUACAGAUUUGGUUUUCAUCCCUUGGAGGCCUUUUAUUCUGUGACAAAUGUUUUACUGAGACUUUAUCAACUGAGUUGUCAAAGUGUUGCAAUGCUCCUUUACACUGUACUGUUUGGCAUUACACAGUGGUUCCCAUUUUUAAGACUGAUAAUGUUGUCCGCAUCUGUCUUCCGCCCUUCUUCACUUUAACUUUUUCCCCACUAUUUUCCCUUUUUUAUUUUUUUCAUUUUUUUCAUUUUCUGUAAGCUUCUUAUGUUGUCUUACCAUGCUGUACAUAAUCCUUUGCAGUAAUAAAAUCUUUAAAAUUC